AUGUCGCACAAUGACGCGUAUGAAACUGCUAUAGAACGUGCCAAACUAGUUGUUUCGAAAUUUUCUGCUCCUGAUGAUGGACAAUCGAAUGGGUCUUAUGCCGGUGGAAAGCGACCUGCUGAUUCGAUGAAUCAAUAUCCGUCGGCUGAGAAACGUCCCUACACUGACAAGGCUGCUGCAGCUGCCCACGAAGCCGCUGCAAGGUUGAGCCAAAAGCUUGCAGGAGGUGGACCAGCUCCACCCCAGCAAAACUCGCCUGCGCGGCAGAUAACGACUGAGACAACAAUUCCAGAUCGUUUUGUGGGUCUAGUUAUUGGCAAAAAGGGCGAACAGAUUACAGCAUUGCAAAAUGAGUCUAAUUGCAAGGUUCAGAUAUCUCAGGAGGGUGGUCGUCCGGAACGCGUUGUUACUCUGACCGGAACCCCGCAACAAGUGGUACAUGCGAAACAGCUGCUUAAUGACAUAAUUGACCGGGCUGAGAAGUCGGGAAUGGGUGGCCAGCCUUCUCCCUUGAAUUACCAGCACAUGGCUAAUCCAACUGUCUAUGCUCCCAGCGGGCCGCUAUCAACGGUUGAGAUGAUGAUCCCUGGUUCAAAAGCGGGGCUUGUCAUCGGCAAAAAUGGUGAAACAAUCAAGCAACUUCAGGAGGAAAAUGGCGUCAAAAUGGUCCUUAUUCAACAGAGUAGCGCGCCGACCGUGGAAGACAAGCCAUUGCGCAUAACUGGCGAUCCAGCUCGUAUCGAGAGGGUCAAAGCACUUGUAAUCGAGAUAAUUACGCGUGGACGAGUAGGUAAUUUGUCUGAAAACGCGGAGAUUACGCGAUAUGCCGUUCCCGCCGAAAAAGCUGGUCUGGUCAUCGGGAAAGGUGGUGAUUCCAUAAAGGAAAUCUGUCGAGUCAGUGGAGCUCAUGUUGAGAUUUCGAAGGAACCUCCUCCGGACCCAUCAAUCAAGAUUUUCAACAUCCGUGGCAAUCCUAACGAAAUCGAACAGGCGAUAAGAAUGAUCUCUGAGCGCGCCGGUAUCCCUAUCUCAAGGCCGACUUCUGGAUCGACCUCCAACCUCUGGGGACAGCUCGGUUAUGGCCAGUCAGAUUGGACCUCCAGUAUGCCCGCGCCGACGUUCAAUCCUCAUACUGGCCAACCCGAUUACAGUGCUGCGUGGAUUGAAUAUUACCGCAGGCAAGGCAUGCAUGAGUACGCUGAUAUGAUUCAACGGCAGGCGCAGCAGCAGCAACUUCAGCAAUAUCAGCAGAGCUCUGGUCCAUCGUCUCAGCCCGGAUCCACUCCGACUGGAGUCGCUCCGGUCUCCCAUCCCAGCCAAACUGGCCAGCCAUCGGGCGCGCACUCGAAUGUCCAACAAGGUGGACCACAGCCAUCCGGUGGCUACCCAGGAGAUCCGAGUCAGCAAAGUGACUACGCUCAGUGGCAACAAUGGCAGCAGUGGCAAGCGUGGCAGGCGUGGCACCAGCAGCAACAGCAACAACAACAGACGCACAGUACCAGUAGUGGUGGUGCUAACAGUGGCUCAAGCGCUCCUGGAGGCAUUCCUCCGCCUCAACCUCCUCAGGGAGGUUCAGCAACUUCAAGCGGACCUCAACAGCCUCAUCACUGA